UGUUGCGGAGGAGGCGACUGCUGCAGUCUUCCCGAGGGGGCCGCCGGAGAUCCCCGGCUGGGCUGGAUUCUGCUGCAGAAAGGCUAUAAUUCCCACCAGUAUGUUGACACUAUCUGGCAUAGCUGUAAACGUGACUUGUCAUCUCAAUUGCAUCCAUGGCUGUUGGGUGACCUGGUAAAUCAUGGAGCUGAAAGUAUGGGUGGAUGGAGUCCAGAGGAUCGUUUGUGGUGUCACGGAAAUUACAACUUGCCAGGAAGUUGUUAUAGCUCUUGCUCAGGCAAUAGGCCGUACAGGAAGGUAUACCUUGAUAGAAAAAUGGAGAGACACAGAGAGACACCUGGCUCCUCAUGAGAAUCCUAUCAUUUCCUUGAACAAAUGGGGACAAUAUGCAAGUGAUGUGCAGUUAGUAUUGCGGCGUACUGGGCCAUCUCUCAGUGAGAGGCCAACUUCAGACAGUGUUGCUCGGAUACCAGAAAGAACUUUGUACCGUCAGAGCUUACCUCCGCUGGCUAAGUUAAGGCCUCAGAAUGAUAAGCUGAUAAAAAGGAGGGAGCCAAAAAGGAAAUCGUUGACUUUCACAGGAGGGGCAAAAGGAUUAAUGGACAUUUUUGGCAAAGGCAAAGAGUCUGAGUUCAAGCAGAAAGUUCUCAACUGCAAGGCAACAGUUGAUGAGCUGAAGAAGCUGAUUCAUUUCCAGACAGAGAAGCUACAGUCCAUUGAGAAACAGCUGGAUUCAAAUGAUGCUGAAGUCAAGUACUGGGAGCACAAGUUUAAUUACAGCCUAGAAGAUGAAAUUGUCAAACUGGAGCAGAAAAUUAAAAGGAAUGAGGUAGAGAUUGAAGAGGAGGAAUUCUGGGAAAAUGAGCUCCAGAUCGAGCAAGAAAAUGAGAAGCAACUGAAGGAGCAGCUCCAGGAGAUCAGGCACAGGAUUUUGGACUGCGAAAGCAAGCUGAAGGAAUAUGUGGCCCAGAUCCAUAGCAUGGAAAGUGGCCUUGAGGCGGAAAAGUUGCACCGGGAAGUGCAGGAGUUAAAAGUAAACGAGGAAGAAGUCAAAGAGAAGAUUGAAAAAGUGAAGGGUGAAAUCGAUAUUCAGGGACAGCAAAGUCUCAGGCUGGAAAAUGGCAUUAAAGCUGUUGAAAGGUCUCUGGGCCAAGCCACCAAGCGGUUACAGGAAAGAGAACAAGAACUAGAGCAGCUGACAAAGGAGCUACGGCAGGUCAACCUCCAGCAGUUUAUCCAGCAGACGGGGACAAAGGUCACUGUGCUACCUGCAGAACCGACUGAAUUGGAGGCUUCCCAAACAGAGCUUGAGAGGGAAACAACUUUUCAGACUGGAUCCCUGAAGCGCCCCGGUUCAUCUAGACAGCUUCCUAGCAAUCUUCGGAUCCUGCAGAAUCCACUGUCCUCUGGUUUUAACCCAGAGGGCAUUUAUGUAUAACAGUACAUAUCCCUGCUGGAAAGGACCUAGGCAGGGACUGUGGGCCAUAGGCACUUCCCUCUUGCAUCCGUUCUCCCAGAGAUGUGUGGGGAGAGAAAAACUUCCUUUCAGAAGCUGCCAAGCAUUGUUGUGAGUGUUUUUUUGUUU